GAACACCGAUUAGCAACCAUCUUGCAUCCCAAAUUUAAAAAGUUCGAAUGUUCUCCUAAUGAAAAGGAAAAAUCUAUCAAUGUAUUAAAAUCACAUUUCCAAAAGCAUCAAUCAAUUGUUUCUUCAUCUUGUACAAAUUCAUUAACCUCGAAGCAUGUUGUCGUUCAAUCUUCUUCAUCAAAUACAACAUCAAAACCAAAUAAUCUUCUAUCACAAUGUUUUGAUGCGAAAGUUAAAGUAGUUGGUGAAAGAUUAAAUCCAUUCCAGGAAAUUAAUGAUUAUUUGAAUCUUGAACUUGAUGAAAGUUAUUAUAUUUACGACAACAAUGGUGAUAUUGAUAUUUUAUUAUUCUGGAAAAAUCACCAACAUUUGUUUCCAACUCUGUCAUCAUUAGCUAGACAGAUAUUUGCAAUACCAGCAUCCAAUACUAUCGUUGAGCGACUUUUCUCAUCGUCGAAAAAUGUUGUGACUGAAAAGAGAACACGUUUGGGUGCUAACAAAAUAAACGAAUUGUUGUUCUUACAAAAGAAUUUAAAUACCCUAAAAGAACUUAUCAACAAUAGUAAUCGAAGACGAACAUUAUCGAUGUCAUCAACAACCACCACGUCUUCUGAUGAAUCUGCUUACAUUACAACUAAACAACAACGACUUGAUACUGACGAAAGUUUAAAUGAUUUCGAUAACAUGGAAGUUUUUCUUGAUUAG